AUGGGGUAGGGCAGGGUAGGUAGGGUCAGUACACAAGUAGUGUAAGUUAAGAUUUUAAUUUUUUACAAUUUUUAUUUAAAACAGCAUUGGGUGGGUUGUUUUUACGUGGGUUAAGUGUAUUAAAGGGCAGGGGAGGGGAAUGAGAUAAAAUUAAAAUUUUUUUCUUAAAUUUUGAAAUUUUUAAAAAUAUUUUAGGAGUUGUACUUUUAGCUUUAAAAAAUUAUAUGAUUUUCUAGCCGUUUUACCCUAUCUUGCUCUUUAAAGCCAUACUUGCAUUAUUCUACUCUACUUUACCUUAUCGCAACUUACCCUACCCUAUUUGGCUUUUAAGUCUUACUCGGUUACCUAUAACAAGAGUCUAUACUAUAAUUUAGGUGUAUUUUAAUUUUUUUUUGAAGACAAACAUAAUAUCAAUCUUAUAAUCAUUAAUUUCCAGGUUAAAAGCCCUCUAUUAUAUUGACCAAGCUGGACCUGACAAGUCGGAGCAGUAGCAGCGCAUCCGAGCGCAGUACGGAGCUGAAGAAGCGAAAGAAGGAGAAGGUGGUUGAUAUCACACCAUUCUUCAAAAGUGUCACAGGAUCGGAGUUUUGGAGUUGCAUACCAUAUCAUUACACACAAGCAGCUAGGUCGUUUACAGAGUUACCUCAUUCUAGUCAAUGUAUAGUCGGAGACAGAGCUGGCGGGAUACGAUUGUUGGAGGUUGAUAGGUAAGUACGGUGCUUUGAAGUAGCUUGGGGUAAGUGGGUAAGUAAAAUACGAGAUGUUGUCAUAUUUAUGGGAGUUGCUUGCUUAGUCUUAUCUUUGUAGGUUUAGGUAUACACUAACCUUUUCCACUUUCAGUGAAGUCGAAGAACUGGACAAGAAGCAUAACGUUCAUGCUUCAGAAAUCGUCGAUAUCUGUGUAAACCCAGCAGCCAAUCUAGUAGCCUCAACGUCUAACGAAAAAUAUGUAAAUUUAAUGUCAAUAAAAGAUGACAAAUUUGGAAAAGCUGACCGACUAAAGACUGAUCAAGCCGUUCGAUCGUUGGUUUGUGUAGAAGACUACCGUAACGGAUCCAAUGCACUGUUAUGUGGUUGUAAACAAGUGAUAUUGGCAUAUGAUUGUGUUACUCGAAAAUGUUUUGGCACAAUGUUUAAUCAUCAGAGUGGCAGUACGAUCACCAAGCUGAGUGGUGUUGAAGGUUGUUUGUUGUUGAGUGCUACAGCUGACAGAUGUAACCAGUUGUGGGAUAUUAGGGUACAACGACCGGUCCGGAGCUUUGAUGCUAUUAGUAAAAGUAGGUUGGGCUAGAGUAUUGUAUGUAGGCUAAGGAGGGUUUUUAAGGGUAGAUUAGUGUAGAUAGGGUAGAGUACGGUAGGUAGGGUAAUGUAAGGUAAGGUAAAAUAAGGUUAGGAUAGAGUAGGGAAAACUAAAGAGAGCUGCUACUACUACUGUAGCAUACUGUAAAAAGUUAAAAAUUGAAAUUUUUAGCAACUUUGGCAGCCGGUGCUCAUGUCGACAGCUCAGGCAGAGUAUUGGCUCGCAUUGAUGGGAAUGACAUGCUAUAUUUUCAUGAUAUUGAUACUGGGAAGUUGUUCCACAAGCAUCAGAUACCAAAUGUUCAGGGACAACUUACUGCAUUGAGGUUCACACCUGUUCAGCGAUUUUUAGCUAUGUCUGAUAGUCAAAGGUAAGAUAUACGUUUACUUUUACAUCAGUCUAUCUGUAUAAAGAUAUGUGAUUAUAUACAUUAACAUCUAUUAGGUUAUUUAAAUAAUUUUGAGCUUCCUUUCAAAGUAUAUUUCCAAACUUUAAAAAAAUGUUAGGAGCACAGAAUUAUUUGAACAACCUGCUACAUAACCUAUACAUAGGCCUCUUCAGGCUCUUGAAAUAAUCUGUGAUAACUAAACUAUAUAUUAAUGUACAUAUUACAGUAUAUACCUCAUGGACUGGAACCACCCAACCAGUGCAAUAGCCUCAAAGCCAAUUGGUACCGUCCUCCCAGAUGAUAAGGUCACAAAGAUACGAUGGCACUCCACGAACAAACAAUUUUACUGUGCUGCUAAUACGGGAUUUCAAACAUUUCAAUUUUCAGAGCAAUUUGAUUAA